AGGGGCUGGGUGUUUUUUCACACAACAGGUAAAACGUGAAGACACUCAGUGACGCAAAGCACGUUACAGUAAGAGAGCACCUGUGCAACACGUGUGAACAGUGAGCUUCACUCUCCCACCGGAGCAGCGAUGUGAAGACCAGGUUUGAACUGGAGACUCAACUUGAAGAGGCACAAGAUGAUGCCUUGGAUUUAGCUGACCCACAUGAGUGAUAUGAAUAACACGCUGGACGAAAUACACACUUCUGGAAGCCUUGGAGAGAAAGCAGAGAUUUUUCACAGUGGCAAGGGUAAUGUGAGUGGCUUUCCCAACCCAGCCCUCAUCCCUUUGCGAGCUCCUUUACUAACACCAAAUGCCCAGAAGAUCAAGACUACGCUCUGCAAGGGGAACAGGAGCAAUAAAGAGGGAGAGGAGUCAUUCUCUUCUCCUGUUCCAAACCCUUUUCCUGAGCUUAUCCCCUCGACCAUCUCCCCUCUUGUCUCAGAAUGUUUAUUACCAUGGACCAAAAGUAGCGCAUCUCAGGUAAUUAAAGUUUAUAGUGAAGAUAACACUAGCAGAGCAGUAGAGGUCCCCACUGACAUCACUGCACGGGACAUAUGCCAGCUCUUCAUCUUGAAGAACCACUGCAUUGAUGACCACAGCUGGACUCUCUUUGAACACCUCUGCCAUCUUGGAAUAGAGAGAACCAUCGAAGAUCAUGAGUCUGUUAUGGAGGUCCUGUCAGGCUGGGGAAUGGACACAGACAGCCGGCUGUGUUUUAGGAAGAAUUAUGCUAAAUAUGAAUUCUUCAGGAAACCUCUGGACUUUUUCCCAGAUCACAUGGUUUCCAUAUCCAGUGAAACCAAUGGGAUGGUGGAUCACUCUCAACUUAUACAGACCUUUCUCAACUCCAGCACCUGUCCAGAGAUACAUGGACACCUCCAUGCCAAAGAGCAAAGCAGGAAGUCUUGGAAGAAGUUUUACUUUGUCCUGCGGAGGUCGGGGCUUUAUUUCUCCAACAAGGGAACUUCCAAGGAACCCAGGCAUCUCCAGUUCAUUGCCGACUUUAGUGACAGUGAUGUCUACACAGUGUUGUCUGCCAAAAAACUACAUGGAGCACCUACAGAUUUUGGCCUCUGUGUCAAGUCCACAAAGUGCAGUUCUGUCCGGGACUUGAAGCUGCUUUGUGCGGAUGAUGAGCAGACCAGGACCUGCUGGAUCACAGCCAUGCGCUUGUUAAAGUAUGGGAUGCAACUGUACCAAAACUUCAUUCAGCCACACCAGAAGCAAAAAACUUCACCAAUGAAAAGCAUCUCUGAAAAUUCACUGGUGGCCAUGGACUUUUCUGGCCAAAAGAGCCGAGUGAUCGAGAACCCGUCUGAGGCGCUAUCUGUGGCUGUGGAGGAAGGCCUGUCAUGGAGGAGGAAAAGCUGCCACCGUCUGAACAGCCACGGGAGCCCCUCCACAUCACAGAGCUCAGUGUCAAACAUAGCCCUCCACUUGACUCAGUCCUGGUUCCACGGCAAACUGUCUCGGGACGAGGCUCAGCGUCUCAUCACUCAACAGGGUCUUAUCGAUGGAGUUUUUCUUCUGAGAGACAGCCAAAGCAACCCGAAGACAUUUGUACUGUCACUGUGCCACAUGCAGAAAAUCAAACACUUUCAGAUCUUACCUAUGGAUGAUGAAGGGGAGGUAUUCUACAGCCUGGAUGAUGGUCACACACGGUUCACUGACUUGAUCCAGUUGGUGGAGUUCUACCAGCUAAACCGUGGCGUGUUGCCCUGCAAGCUCAAACACCACUGUGCCCGGAUCACCCUGUGAACAAGGGAUCCAAGAGACCCCCGAGGGCCUACAUGCACCUUAACUCCGGGGCCUUUCUGGACAAACACUCCCAGUGUUCCUGUGCCUUGACGAAGAAAGAUAUAUACAGACUAAGUGAACAGCCAUGCUAACUGAAACCACUGUUAUCAUCUGCUGUCCACGUUGGUCCCUUCUUAUUUUUCUUUUUGAGAAAAAGCUGAAUUUGACAAUAGACUGUAUAAUAACUGACUACAUGUGCCCGAAGAUGAUGUACAGGUUUGUGACUAUUAUCCUUUGGCCCUGUAACGUGCCCAUAUGUGGCGGUAAAUUGUUCAAAGUCCAUGAUCCAAAACGUGACUUCUUGUACUGUAUAUUGUAGAGCUGAAGGUGUACUGCAAACAGCCUGUGCUUCUAACAAUAUCAUGACACAGAUGAAAGUUUUUUCUUGGUAAAUGACGUACAAUAUCUGAAACUGCAGUGUGUACACAGUGAUUAUAUACAUCUGUCAGUUAUGGUCUGACAAAGCUAAUGAUGGUAGAAUCCCAACAAGGGCAUCUUUUUUUUUUCUUCCUCGUUUUUUUUUUUUGGAACCAUAUCAUGCUGGGAAUUGUAGUACACAUCACCUGUGUCCUGUUAAAUUUGAGUAAGCUAUCUUACUUUUAAUUGUCAUUGUAUCUCUAAGUAUUCAGGUAUCUUUUUUUUUUUUUUUUACAAGAAAGAAAAUGAUCGUUGUUUUCUAUUUGAGAGAUGAAAUGACCUCUCAGGAAGUGUCACUGUGCAUGUCCUGUAAGCUGGGACUUGAGACUGCUGUAGAGAGACAGGGAGAGGUGUUAAUGUACAGGUGAAGAGAAACGGCACACAACCUCACUAGCCUGCACUGUACAUUCAUUUUAAAUAUAUGUGAUUAAAUGAAAUGUUUGUAUUACAUGAA